AUGGAAAAAGACGAACCAAACACAACAUUCACGUCUAUUCCUGCUGCUUUUUGGUGGUGCCUUUUUUCACAAACCAAAUGGGUGCCACAAACUGCAUCCGGCAAGAUAGUUGGUGGAGGUGCUAUAAUUUGUGGUGUUUUGGUACUUGCUUUGCCUAUUGCUAUAUUGGUUAACAAUUUUAUGCAAGUUGUUCGUCUACGAGAAGAAAAAUUAAUUAGACAACAAUAUUAUGUAACAAAUACAGCAAGUGGAGGUUCUAUAGUUGGUGGCGAACAUCGAGUUUAAUGAUUAAAAGAAUUUUAGAGAUUUUUAAUAAAAACAUUCCAAAAUAAUUUUGUAUUCUAGUCGAAAAUUUAUUUUUAUUGUAUGUAAAAAGACAUAGGCCAUUUGUC